CUAUGAAGAAGAUGGUCAUUGGCGCCGCUGAGAAGCUAAUCACCCUUAAUAAUUACGAAGAACCGGGGGAUACAGGAGGUUCAAGCGACACUACCCCAGAUGACUUUUUUGACUUCAAUGAACCAGAAGAUCCAACCAAACAAGUCACACAGACAUUACCUCAAUCUCAAUCUGCUACCGAAAACGAAGCAGUAAAAACUUCCAAAAUAGAGCUUGAACUGUACAAAUUUCUGGAUGAAAAAAAGAGUGGAUUGAGUUCCUUGAAUGAUUAUCCCAUAAUUAAAAAAGUGUUUUUGAGGUAUAAUACUUGCCUACCUUCCUCUACGCCAGUAGAGCGGUUGUUUUCAUUCGCCACAAUUGUUAACAGUCCACGGCGAAAUGCGUUGACCGAUGCUAACUUUGAAAAAUUGGUCAUUAUGAAGGCGAACAGACUUAUGCAGUGA